GCCGCGGGCCUGUACCUCAGUUCGCUUGGUGGCCCGGCUUAGCUGCGUACGGCGUGGUUGCCAUGGCGGCAGUUGCCGCGGCGACAAGGGGGUGGCGGCUGCUGGUGCUGCUGUGUACCGCGGUGCUCGCGACCGCGGGCGCCCCGCAGCCCCCCAACAUCGUGCUGCUGCUUAUGGAUGACAUGGGAUGGGGUGACCUGGGGGUGUAUGGAGAGCCUUCCAAAGAGACCCCAAAUUUGGACCAGAUGGCCUCAGAAGGGAUGCUUUUCCCAAGCUUCUAUUCUGCCAACCCUUUGUGCUCACCAUCCAGGGCGGCUCUGCUCACAGGACGGCUGCCCAUCCGCAAUGGCUUCUACACCACCAACGCACAUGCCAGAAACGCAUAUACACCACAGGAGAUUGUGGGUGGCAUCCCUGACUCAGAGCACCUCCUGCCUGAGCUCCUGCAGAAGGCUGGCUACACCAGCAAGAUUGUGGGCAAGUGGCAUCUGGGUCACAGGCCCCAGUUCCACCCCCUGAAGCAUGGAUUUGAUGAGUGGUUUGGAUCCCCCAACUGCCACUUUGGACCUUAUGACAACAGGGCGAAGCCCAACAUCCCUGUGUACAGGGACUGGGAGAUGGUCGGCAGAUUUUAUGAAGAAUUCCCAAUUAAUCUGAAGACCGGGGAAGCCAACCUCACCCAGAUCUACUUACAGGAAGCCCUGGAUUUCAUCAAGAGACAGCAGAUGAAGCAACACCCCUUCUUCCUCUACUGGGCCAUUGAUGCCACGCAUGCACCUGUCUAUGCAUCCAGACCUUUCUUGGGCACGAGCCAGCGAGGGCGGUAUGGCGACGCUGUUCGGGAAGUCGAUGACAGUGUCGGGAAAAUACUGAGCCUUCUGCGGAACCUGGGCAUCGCAGAGAACUCAUUUGUCUUUUUCACAUCUGAUAAUGGCGCUGCCCUUGUGUCAGCUCCCAAACAAGGUGGCAGUAACGGCCCCUUCCUAUGCGGGAAGCAGACCACAUUUGAAGGAGGUAUGCGGGAGCCUGCGAUUGCAUGGUGGCCGGGGCAUAUUGCUGCAGGCCAGGUGAGCCACCAGCUGGGCAGCAUCAUGGACCUCUUCACCACCAGCCUGUCCCUUGCAGGCCUGAAACCACCCAGUGACAGAGUCAUUGAUGGCCUCGACCUCCUCCCCACUCUCCUGCAGGGCCAGCUGACCGACAGGCCGAUAUUUUAUUACCGUGGUAACACACUGAUGGCAGUCACUCUUGGCCAGUACAAGGCCCACUUCUGGACUUGGACCAACUCCUGGAGGGAGUUCAAACAGGGCAUCGAUUUCUGCCCAGGGCAGAACGUCUCAGGAGUCACAACUCAUACCCAGGAAGAGCACACAGAGCUGCCCCUGAUCUUCCACCUGGGGCGAGACCCAGGGGAGAGGUUCCCAAUCAGCUUUGUCAGUGCAGAGUACCAAGAUGUCCUCAGCAGGACCACCUGGAUUGUCCAGCAGCACCGGAAGGCCUUGGUCCCUGGACAGCCUCAGCUCAAUGUGUGUAACCAGGCCGUCAUGAACUGGGCGCCCCCAGGCUGUGAAAAGUUAGGGAAGUGUCUGACACCCCCAGAGUCUACUCCCACCAAGUGCUUAUGGCCCCAUUAGCACCUGCUUGGACCCAGGCCAGGCCCGGAAUCUCCAUGCCCCAGGGUAGGAAGGCUCUGGCCUGGUACCCCACACUGGAAGAGUUCCAGCUGCCCUCUGCCCUGCCCACCCCCAGAGGGACAGCACCUGCAAGCAGCAGCAGGGCCCAAAGACCACACAUGCCGGAGUCCACACCUGCCUGAAGGAAGCCUGGCCCUGGAGCCCACGCCCCAGCACUCUUGAUCUGCCCAAGCUGGCUGUGAAGUAGGUGGUUCUGACCACUCUGGGCCUGCCCAUCGCCCAGUGCUCCAUUCCAGGGUCUGGAGGCCAUGGUGAACUGCCUCCUUGAUGUUCCUGUGUGUUUCACCCUUGGUGUGAUUCUGUGCUGUGGAGACCGAGCCCCCACCCUCCAUCAGCCCUCCCUGUCAUCCUGUCUCUUCCUGCUCCACCUGCUGGGCUGGGAACAGGAGGGGACAGAAUCCAGGCAGGUGGAGCUGAUGUCGCUGCUCUAUGGAGACAGGAGCAUGACAGCGCCCUGGGUUCUCCACCACUGGCCCAGCACACAGGCCAUCUGCUGCAGCUGCCACCUGUCAUGUCUAAGCACCAGUGUCCCAGACCCCUUCCCUGAAGUCUUGUGGGUGAGCUUUCAUAUCUGUGCAAUUGCUGGCAUACAAAGCUGAGCUGUAAAAGUCAAGAGAUUGCAAAGAGGCAUAGAAUAAAGGAACAGGAAGCAUUUCAGCUCAGUCGUCCUGUUUUUCACAAAGGCCUGGGCACUGUGCUGGGCAGGCAGAUGGGCUCCUCGAUCCCUGGCCAGUGGGAAGGAAGGCUCUGGUCUCCGCACUCCCACGCUGGUCCCCACCCCAAGGUGAGAGGGGAUCACACUCCUCUGCAGGCAGACAGACGGGCCUGCACCCUCAAGGUG